UCUGGUUCUCACUUUUGAAACAGUAACUGACACUAAAAAAGUUGACCCUUUUGAUUCUAUGUUAUGAUGAUAAGAAUAACAUGUUCCAUUAAUCUAGUAUGUGAAAAGAUUAUAAAUUUUGAGCCACUUUGAAAACUCAGAAACACCCUUGUAAUAAUCCCUUUUCAUUGUUUCUUCUGAAUUUCAUUUGAUCAUAUCAAUCAUUGGAAUAGAAAAACAUCACUUAAUUAAGGUUUUCUUUUUGUUAUUGUUGAAAUUCUUGCUUGAUUUGUAGAUGACCCAGUUGAGAAUUCAAUUUGCUUUUGUGAUUUAUUUGAUGUUCAUUUGAAUUAUAUUUUGCAUCUUGUUUUAUAUUGAGUCUGAUUGAGAGGACUCCACUUUUUUCGUCUUCAUCAAAUUUUGCACAAUACUUGAAAAGAAUACUUUGGUUGUGAGAGUCUUCCUUUUGAGUAUGGCUGAGAAACAAGAUCAAUUAGAGAUCAAGUUUCGGUUGAGCGAUGGAUCGGAUAUUGGCCCGAAAAGUUAUGCUGCUGCUACUAGUAUUGCAACUUUGAAAGAAAGUAUUCUUACUCAAUGGCCAAAAGAUAAGGAGUAUGGUCCAAGAACUGUAAAAGAUGUGAAGUUAAUUUGUGCUGGAAAAAUAUUGGAGAACAACAAAACAGUAGAGGAAUGUCAGAGUCCAUUGUGCAAUCUUCCUGGUGGAGUUACAACAAUGCUUGUGGUGGUGCAACCACCAAAUUUGGAAAAAGAUAAGAAAGUAGCAGGUGAAGCAAUUCAAAGCAAAUGUGUUUGUGUUAUAUUAUAGUGUCCAGAAUGAAUAGAAGAUGUCAUCUUUUUAGGUGGUUCAAAGUCAACAUUUAUAUUCAUUUUUAUCAUAAAGUUUAUGACAUAAACUAUGGUUUUCAAAUGUUACCUCAUACACAAGUUUUUGGUUGUGAACUUUACUAUUACUGCAUGUAAAAAGUUAUUGAGUUUGUGAAGAUUGUGAACUGAAGCUAGUUGUUUCUUCACACACAAUUUUCAUAGAUAUUCAUUUUAUUUUUCCUUAUAACAUUGUAGCUGUUGAUUGAAAGUAACUCUAUCUACCAGUUUGCAAUCA